CAUGGCUAGUAGUUUCCAUCACAUCUUGUCAGGAGUCCUCAUGGAAACUGGUAUCACCAAUAAUCACAAUUUCAGUGGAUGCACGAGUCGAGGCGCAGAACAGAGAUGAGUCAUGGUGAAUAUUACCUGGGGAAUAUUUGUGCUUUGAGGAACAGAAGAGAUAAAGAGUGUUGGUGUUGUGUGUCUGAGAAUCCACGGAAUACACCUGCUGCUGCUCCGCCUCUCGUUGGGCUCUCUCCUUCUCUCAGCUCUGAUCUCUGAAACACUUUCGCCGCUGGAUCAUCUUUAAACUCGAACCUGUGGCAGGACAUGUAGAGAAACAUUUUGUGUGCCGUUUUGACGCAAGUUUUUCUUUUUCUAUCAUGAUUUCCGGCUCGCGCGGAUACAAGCUGCAGGUCUCUGGGCAGCAGUCUCUUACCACCAGCCAUAUAUGACUCAGCUUUGGAAAAACUGACUGAUGUGAUCUUCGGGAACUCUUUGUUGGUCAUCAUGGGAUGUGGCACCUCCGUUGCUACGGAGACUCAAGGGAAAAUAGUUGAGCCAGAUGACACAGCUAAGACUCCCUGCCCUGCUCUGACUAUGAAGGCAGCGGUUCUGAUCCAGCGAUGGUACCGGCGCUACAUGGCCCGUCUGGAGAUGAGGCGCAGGUACACCUGGAACAUCUUCCAGUCCAUUGAAUAUGCCGGGGAACAGGACCAGCUACAGCUCUCAAGUUUCUUCAGUUUCAUGCUCGACAACUUUACUCAGCUGAAUGAAAAUGGACCAGACUUGAUCUCUCAGCUGCUGGACCCGGUGGUGGACCCCUGGUUAGGCAGAGAGACGGGCUACAACCUGAUCCCUGUUCCAGAGUCAUACAGCGGACCCCGACUCUUGUUUCCUCUCUCCGUGUCUGAUACCAACUCUCUCCUGGGUGCAUUUAAAGAGCAGCAGACACUACAUGCCAGAUAUGUUCUGCAACUGCUGCACGAGACCAAGAAGCUCCUCAAACAGAUGCCCAACAUCACCCACUUGUCGACAUCCUACACUAGUGAGAUCACUAUAUGUGGAGACCUACAUGGCCGGCUUGAUGACUUACUCCUCAUAUUUUACAAGAAUGGCCUUCCCUCUGCGGAGACACCUUAUGUGUUCAAUGGGGACUUUGUGGACCGUGGGAAAAAGUCAGUCGAAGUGGUAAUCCUUUUGUUAGCCUACCUGCUGCUCUACCCCGACUACAUGCACCUGAACCGAGGAAACCAUGAAGACCACAUAAUGAACCUAAGAUAUGGAUUCACAAGAGAAGUCAUGCAGAAAUAUAAGACUCAUGGCAGGGAGAUCCUCCAGCUGUUUCAGGACGUUUUCAGCCUCCUGCCCGUCGCCACUGUCAUUGAUGGAAAGAUCCUGAUUGUUCACGGAGGAAUAUCAGACCAGACAGACCUGGACUUCCUCAGCUCCAUAGAGAGGCACAAGGUGAGAGGAAACAAGAUCCCACCUUCUCCCUGUAGCUCUACUCUUUUAACUGCAAUAAUCAAUGUUGACCACGUGACCUUUAAUAUUGCUCAAUUCUGCUCUACUGUGUUCUGUGUCCUAUUCUGCACUUGUCAUCUGUUUUUCACUCUCCUGCAGAUAGUGGAUAUUUUGUGGAGUGACCCUAAAACUCAAGAAGGCUGCAGUCCCAACAUAUUCAGAGGAGGAGGCUGCUACUUUGGUCCGGACGUCACCCAGAGACUGCUGACCCGACACGGACUCCAGCUGCUCAUCCGAUCCCAUGAGUGCAAACAGGAAGGAUAUGAGCUCUGUCAUGGUGGAAAGGUCAUCACCAUCUUCUCAGCGUCAAACUACUAUGAGGAGGGGAGCAACCGUGGUGCCUACAUCAAAGUGGGCCGAGAACUGGUUCCCCGCUUCUAUCAGUACCAAGUCAGCCGCACAACACGCAAACUCACCCUCACACAGAGAGUACGAGUUGCUGAAGGCUCCGCUCUCAAGGCCCUGAAGGAGAAGCUGUUCUCUCACCGCUCUGAGCUGCUUUCAGGCCUGCAGCAGUACGACCACAAAAACACCGGUAAUGUAUCAGUCAGUGAUUGGGCUCAGGUGUUGGAGUCUGUCCUGAGGCUGGACCUGCCCUGGAGGACACUUCGUCCUCACUUAGCCCGUCUGGCACCAGAUGGCAGUGUGGAGUACAUAUCCUGCUUUGAGGACAUGGAAUCAGGGAUUCCUCUGCCUCAGGUGACACCAAACAUGGCUGAGACCCUUUUCAGAUACAGGACAGACAUUGAGAUAAUAUUCAACAUUAUAGACAAAGACCAUUCAGGUCUGAUCUCCAUCGAGGAGUUUCGUCACACCUGGCGCCUCUUCAGCGCACACCUGGGGGUCGACAUCGACGACAGAGCCAUCGAUGACCUCGCCCGAAGUAUCGACUUCAACAAAGACGGCAGUAUAGACUUCACUGAGUUCUUAGAGGCCUUCAGAGUGGUACACAAAUUGGAAAAUAAGGAUCAGCAACUCAACGAAAAAAUGGAUGGAGACAAGUAUUCAUGAAGGAGGGAAUCUGAAUAAUACACUAGUCUUGCAUGGAACAGCAGGAGGGAAGGAGGGGGUGUGGCAAAGAUUGAAUUAUUAAGUAUUUAUUCAGUUGUUGAAUGAAAAAUACACAAUUUGAAAACUAGAAUGGCUGUUAUUUGGUGAUGUACCUUACUUAUUAGUGCAUUCUGUCAGUCGUAGGAGUCGUUGUUUAGGAUCCUUCCAUCCGCCUUUUUGAUUUAAAAUUGAAAUAUUUCAACCAUAAUUUGAAGGAUUUCCUUGAAUGACAUUUAUGUUUCCCAGACGAUAUGUUUCUAAGACUUCCUCUGACAUUCAUCUUGCAGCAGGCAAACGUUUUCAGAACAUUCAUUCAUGGUUUUAUAACAAUGCUGCUUAAUUACUAAUGGGGAUGUAUUCUCUUUUAAUCUAGUGCCACCAGCUGACUUUGUAUUGUUUUGACAUGAAAUAGCUGGACACACUUUAGAUGGAUGGAAAUGUAACAGUAUUUAGAAUGAUUAUGGUAUUUUGAUCUUCACUUAUAUAACACUUUCAUCCAAAGAACAUUUACAAUUAGCUUUUUAAGUAUAGUUUAAUUUAGUACAGCUCUGACAGCCUUUGCAGACUUGUGAGAAACAGGUGUACAGCAGGAGUACCAGUGUGCUGCCACGCUCUGUAGUAUUACAUGUAUUGAUGCCUGACGGCUUCAACAGUAUGAACAAUAGAGACAAUCCCGCUAUAGGGUGUCGGGAAGUGCAUGUUCAGUUGUUAACCAAG